GCCCCCCACUCCUCUCCCCCGCGCAGCCCGAGUGGUGGCUGGGGCCUCCCCCGCAUCGGGAUUGGAUGCGAGAACCGGGAAGGGGCGGGCGGGCGACCCCAGACCCCGUUCCCCGCUCGCGGAGUUGAGCAGCCGGCAGUGCGGGCACAGCGGGCCCGGCUGCAAGGACCUGGCCCCGAGCCGACGGCCGCGCCACCAUGUUCGACAGCUCGCAGUACCCGUACAACUGCUUCGACGACGACGCCGACGACCGCCCCGCCGGCUGCGCGGACGACAGGCGGCUCGCGCGGCCCGCGUACAGCUACAUCGCGCUCAUCGCCAUGGCCAUCCAGCACAGCCCCGCGCGCAGGGUGACGCUGGCCGGCAUCUACGACUUCAUCACGCGCGAGUUCCCCUACUACCGCGCGCACCAGCGCGCCUGGCAGAACUCCGUCCGCCACAACCUGUCGCUCAACAGCUGCUUCGUCAAGGUGCCGCGCGCCGACGGCCACGCCAAGGGCAAGGGCAGCUACUGGACGUUCGCCGACGGCUGCGAGUCGCUGCUGGACCUGUUCGAGAAUGGCGACUACCGGCGGCGCCGCCGGCGGCGCGGACCCAAGCGCACUGGAGGCGCCGAGGGACCCCCGGCAGCGGCACGGGGGUCCCCAGUCCCGAACGACCGUGACGGCGCCUGCCGCGAGGCCCCAGCGCCCGCCGGCUCCAACGCGCCGGGGCAGCAGGGGCCCAAGGACAUCAAGUUCAGCAUCGAGUCCAUCUUGUCCUCCCCCGGCCCCAGGCCCGAGGCGCGGCCCCUGAACCUCCACUUCUGGGCAGCGUGAGGCGUGGCCGGCAGCCCCUCCCCCAGGCUGAGCUUCCGGUGCCCCCCUUCUCAGACCCUCUCCCGGGGCACCUGCGGGCUCCUCCAGGCCUGCAGUGGGUGCCCCCCUCCGUGAGGAACAGAAGCCCCCAGGCGGGGCCCCCAGAGUUCAGGUCCCCGUUCCAUCCCUGGUCACUAUGACAGUGGCCUCCUUCAGUUCCCCGUCAGCUUCUGGGAGUCAACAACAACGGCGACCGUGACAAUAACAAUAAAGUGCAGUGACCCCGGCGUGGCAGCAUUGCCGGGAAGCGACCGGAAGUGGCCGUGUUGGGUGCUGGUUCAGGGCCCCGGUGCGCUCUGUGCAGAGGGUCGGAGGAGGGGCCGGGGCAACCCCCCAG